ACAACUAACACAGUGAUAGAAGUUACGCUGAUAUAUAGAUGAGGGGAGACAGCUAUAAACAAUUCAAAUUGUGAAGUCCUAGAUGCCAACAUAAUAGAAGGCUGAAGAAAGAAAAAAUCAAGGCUUAUCGCACUACAGGGGUACACAGACUCUAACACCCAGGGUAGUCGGGUGGGUACUGUUUUUCGGGUACCAACCUCGUGGGACUUUCGCCUUGAAAUCAACGACACCCUACAAUUAUUUAAAGAAACACCAGAAAACAUUUAAAGAUGUUGACGCUUUCCGUCGGUCACGUGGUUUGUCUUUUGGCGUUAGUAGGGGGUGUUUCCAGCUGUUCUAACCCCGGAGUGGUGACUCUUAACGAUAAAACACGGUACUCUGACGUCAUAGUUACCGGUUCCAUUGAAUCAAAGGUGGGAGAUGGUAAAUACAGUCUGACUGUGGAUUGUGUUCUCAAAGACAGUGGGGCUGAUAUCCCGGGUGCCCUGAAUAUAUCAGGGGUGGAGACCGAGGAAGGUGGAAUGUGUUUUGUUAGCGAGAUAUCGGAGGGUAAGAAGUGGGUGCUGUUUCUAUCCAGUUUCUAUUCUAUGAGGUACAAAGAGGAAACUUAUGAAGACUACAGUCGUAUUGUACAGACAGGCUGCGAUCUCCAUGUCAAAAGCACCCUACCGCUGGGUGGUGUGUCCAAAAAUUGCGAGGACGUGGUUACCCGAGCUUGCCCCACCCAACCCCCGAUUGUCCACACAAAAAGAACCAAGAGACCAAGAAUAACCACCACUACCACCACUGUCACCAGUAGAUCAGUAGGCCAGGGGAUGGGGAGUGGUAGCAAACGGACGGUACAGACGCCCCGACCUGGGGGAAUGGGGAGUCAGAACAGGUCUUCUCUCCAUUUACAGAGCUCUGUGCUGAUACUACUGAACGUCUAUUUAUUCGUUCACUUCUGGACAUAAUGUGUAUACUAUCCACAAAAACAUGACAAACGUUGGGAAAGAGGAAGUUUAUAAAUAUCUGUGAUUAUUUUUUUCAUUUUUUAUAUUACAUCAAUUGUUGUUGGUAAAAUAAAACAGAAAACCGU